AUGUCUUCCAACGACAACGUUGCCGUAUAUGCCUGUACGAAAUGUAAAUGGAGAGUCACAUCUAUUAAGUACCUCUUCCGCCAUUUUGGCUCCCAGCACAUCAGCGAAGAAGGGUGGAAUUGCAACCUUGACGCAUGUACAGCAAGCUUCAAGUCCUACUGGUUAUUCAGCAAACAUGCAAGAAGAGACCACAAGCACUUCUUCGAUAGUCGCACAGACAGGAGUCCAUCACCUGACCAAGGCCAGCAGGAAAGCUCUCCACCAGAAAAUGUCACUGGAACAAGCACCAGUUGUGAUGUGAACACUGAAGUUGCCGACCAAACCGACAACGACAGUGACCAAGGUGUGUGCAAUGCAGUUGAUCAGCUGUCGUUUCUUCUCCUUAAAUGGAAAGAAGGCCGACAGAUCCCGGAAUGUACACUGAAUGACAUAUCACAGGACCUGAUCGAAUACCUCAAGAUGUUCAAGAAUCGAAUUGCUCAUAUAGAUGAGAAGUCGCUGAAGAUCAUUUCAAGCAGGCACGAGCGCGAAAGCCACUGGAAAAGAAACUUCGGAUAUGUGGAACCAUGUUCUGUGAAGCUUUCACCGAUUGCACAAGUAUCUGAAGGAGCAAGUUAUGAAUACAUCCCUAUCCUUGAGGUAAUUCAGUUUCUUUCUGGAACACAUGUGGUUGUCUAUGAAAGUGAUUUCAGAGACGAGCCACACCUCCUAAGAGAUAUCGGUGAUGGACAGUUUUUCAAAGAGCAUCCAGUGUUUGGGAGGAAUACAGCUGACCCAAAGAUUGCAAUUCAUCUAUACUUCGACGAGUUUGAAGUAUGCAACCCCAUAGGAAGCAGAAGAGGGAAACACAAGAUCUUGGCUGGUUAUAUGACACUUCUGACAAAGUCUGUUCACGAGCGAUCAAAGGUGACGGAUAAGCAUCUGGUACUCCUAGUGAAAAGUAGCGCCGUCCACGAUCAUGGCCUGAAGGAAGUACUGCAGCCCUUACUGAAAGACCUUGGGAAGUUGGAAGCUGAAGGUGUCCUUGUUAAUGGAAGGACUGUCCUGGGAUCAGUGGUGUGUGUCACAGGUGAUAACCUGUCGGCUCACCAAAUUGGCGGAUUUCGCCAGUGUUUUUCGAGUGGCUUGAUAUGCAGAUGUUGCAUGGCGGACAAGUCGGACAUUAAUGAGAAGUGGGAAGAAAAUGAUUUUACACUGCGAACAACAUCUGCACAUGCUCGUCAGGUACGUCUGAUUGAAUGCGACACCAGUCUCUCAAGUACAUACGGCAUCACUUCUUCAAGCUGCAUGGCACAGCUGCCUUCUUUUGACGCAACAAAGUCACUGCCACCUGACACCAUGCACGACAUGCAUGAAGGCGUAAUCCCUCUUGUGUUGAAACACGUUAUUAAGACCUUAAUAACUGAUGGCUUCUUUACAUUGAAACUACUGAACGAGAGAUUGCGCUCCUUCCCUUUUCAAGGCAAUGAGAAAAAGUCCAAGCCGGCACCCCUCACACGACAAGUGAUAUUUGGCAAGUACUCGAUAAAAGGGUCAGCCUCAGAAGUCGGGUGCCUCUUCCGCAUGUUUUCACUUCUUGUUGGUGACCUCAUUCCAGACAGCAGCAAAGCAUACGAAGUGUACCUUCUGCUUAGAACAAUAGUGGACAUAGUUGAAGCACCCCAAGUGACGGUUGACGUGCUGCCAUUCCUGCAGGUCCACAUAAGCGACUUCUACAGCCUAUUCAGACAAGUGUUCCCCGAUGUGCGCGUUACGCCAAAAAUGCAUUACAUGAUACACUAUCCUAGGCUUUUUCUUUUGUAUGGUCCACUGACGCGUCUCUCAUCAAUCAGGUUUGAAGCUAAACACCAGUUUUUCAAGCGCCUAGCAAGAAAAACGCAGAACUUCAUCAAUAUCUGUCGCACGCUCAGCAUUCGUCAUCAAAUGCAUCAAACAUAUCACCUUUAUGCCUGUAAGGAACACACUACAACCAAUGGCUGUGUUCAAGUGGCUGUGGAGAGGUUGCCACAGGAACUCCAGACAGAGCUCGCUGAACGCAACGUGACAUGCGCGGACAUAAGCACAGUGCAGUCACUGACAGUGUCCAGGCAGACAUAUAACGUGGGUACUGUUCUUCCUGUGACUGUGUUCGACGAUGACCUGCCUGUAUUUGCAGAGAUUGAAAUGAUCAUUUUGUGUGAGAACAAGCAUUAUCUGCUGUGCACUUUACUAAGAACUGUGUGCUUUGAUGAGCAUUUCCACGCCUUUCAUGUGGAAUACACCGACGAUAGUAUUUUCCUGGACAACUUCAAAUGCAAGGAAGAUUUCCCCGACUCGUUUGUAGGAAGUGUCGAGCCGUUUCACGCUCACGAAAGACCUCCACCGGGAGUUCACCAGCUUCAGCUAGGACUUGCCGUGUUUCAGUCAUUCUUGGAACUCCAAGGCAGUGACGAAGAGUGCGGAGAAAUAGGGUCCGAAGGGUGUUUAACGACGUUGUACAAACCCUGUGCAAGAUUGGAAGGCUCUAAAGCACAGUCGCCCUCACCAAAGCCGCGUGAACGGCUCGAAGGGAGCGUUGAUUACAGUCCCAUCCUAAGCCAGAAAGAUGUUGAAUUGCGGGAAGCCAUCGUUGCACUUUGGUUUCAAGGUGCUUAA